AUGGCCUUCGCAGUCAGGUCACAAAAUUUACUCUGGGCGCGUCAUCAAAGCUCUGUAUACCAGAUCUGCUUUCAUCAGACACGAUCGUCUUCGUUCUGCUACCGUUAUCUUUGGCAAACUUCGCUAGGUGCACUCGCACGCAGGUCGGCCAUGGCUUUCUCAUCCAGCGCCGACUCUGAUCCACUUCCCCUCAAAUACGUACCGAUAGAAGAAGUCGAGAGACUUGAAAAGUACCAGCCCGGUGGAUACCACCCUAUCAUGAUAGGAGAUGUUUUCCAAUCCCGGUACCGAGUAGUCCACAAGCUAGGCUACGGAACCUAUUCCACCACUUGGCUCUGCCGAGACUACCGGUCUAAUACAUACGUGGCAGUCAAAGUUGGAACAGCGGAGUCAAGUGCUCGAGAGGCCGAUGUUCUAGAGUAUCUCAACCACGCUUCUCCCUUUGAUCGCCCAGGCAGGGAAAUUAUACCCUCCGUUAAAGACAGAUUCAUCCUCUAUGGGGUUAAUGGCACCCACCCUUGCUAUGUGACAGAUCUAGCGAUGUGCAAUGUCUCCGGUGCGAAGAAUGCAUCAUACAGACGCAUAUUUCAGGCUAGAACAGCUCGCUCACUUAUUGCGCAGCUCGUACUAGCUGUGGAGUUCCUUCACUCUAAAGGAGUUGUUUAUAGAGACAUCCACCUUGGCAACAUUCUUCUGCAUCUACCAGCUAAAUUUGAUCAGCUCUCAAUUGACCAGUUAUACGAGAAAUAUAGCUCGCCUGCGUCAGAGCCAAUUAUUCGAUUUGACGGUCAACCCCUUCAACCUGGCGUUCCAUCUAGUGCCGUCCCUCCGAUCUGGCUGGGGAAGGCUUCGGAGGAAUUCUCCCCAUCAGAAUCUAGAAUCUUUCUGAGUGAUUUUGGAGAAGCAUAUAGACCCUUGUCAGAGCAUCGGUGUGGUUCGCAUGCCCCGCUAUCCUUUGUGCCACCUAAAGCCCGAUUUGAGCCAGAACGGAGCCUCUCUUUCUCAACUGACAUUUGGACACUCGGGUGUUCUAUAUGGAUAAUACUAGGUCAGCGUUCCUUGUUCGAGGAUAUCCUUGCUACGCCGGACGACAUAACAUCUGAGCAAGUUGAUACUCGAGGGAACUUGCCUCCUCAGUGGUGGGAGAAAUGGGAGGCGCGACACGAAUAUUUCGAGGAAAAUGGGAAACCAAAUCGUGGCCGACAGGUGAGGUCUUGGGAAGACCGCUUUGAAAAGCAUAUUCAACUCCCACGGCAGGACGCUGGAAUACGAGGUUUUGAUGUAGAAGAGAAAGCUGCCGUUAUGGAUAUGCUAAGCUCGAUAUUGUCUUUUGGGCCAGAAAAGCGGCCAACUGUACAGGAGAUACUUAAAUGUAGGUGGAUCGAGAAUUGGGCAUUGCCGGACUUUGGCAAGUCCCGAGACUGCCAAGAAUUCUCAUGA